AUGUCGAGAUCGGGCAGCUCAGUCACCAUCACCACCAACAAGAGGGACAGCGACUCGCGGACGGUCACGCUCAACGACAGGUUCUCCCAGCUCAGGUCGGAUCGUCAGGGCUCGACCGCGCGCCGCCAGGCCGAUGAUCGCUUCGAAAACGUCAUGAACACGCGCACCGGCGGCGGCAGGAACCGCGGUGGUGAUGGAUGGGGUGAUGACAGGGACACCCGUGGAGGAGGACGCUCCUGGGGUCACGAUGACAGAGAUGUCGCCUCGCCUUCCAAUGGCGCUCGCCCUGGACGAGGCGGACGUGAUGGUGCCCUCAGGGGUCGCGGUGGCGGACGAGGCGGUCGUGGUGGUCGAGGAGGCAGGGGUGGAGGCCGCGGCGGCCGCGAUGGCCGCGAUCGCAAGCCCGCCUCCAAGGACGCGCUCGAUGCCGAGCUCGAUUCCUACAUGCUGGGCGAUUCCGAGACCGCCAAGGUGAAGCUUGACGAGGAUCUCGAGAACUACAUGAAGUCGGUCGGCCAGGAAGAAGAGGAGGAGAAGGCCGGCGACGAGGCCGCCCCCGAGGGUUCCGCCGUCGCCGAUGCCCUCGACGAGAAGAAGGAGGAAGACGCCGCCAACUAA